AUGUCAGGUAAGGGAAGCUUCGCUGUGUCGCGGAGCCAUGGGGGAGAUAGAUUUUACAAUUUGUCGGUGGUGCGGAGGCAACAACAAAUGUUGUUACAACAACAACAGUUUAUGCAGAAGCGGCAAUUGACGCACCAUCAACAGCAGCAGGAGUUGCAGACGACUGCGCUAAAGACAGAGUAUUUGACCCAUGCUAAGGCGGGGAACCGAAGUGAGCCUGAUGUGUGGUGGGUGCUGUGUGGUGGUGUGGGUGUUACAGUGGUAACUGAUGGUGUUUGUAGUGGGUGUUGUGUGUGGUGUGGUGGUGACAAUGCUAUGUUCCGGGAGAGAGCUAAAAGAGUCUUACUGUCUUCGGCUAAAGAGAACAUUGAGAAGAUCAAGAAAGCCGUAGAUGAAGGCAAUCACUAUGGGGCUCAACAGAUGUACAAGUCUUUUAGUGCGAGAUAUAUUGCGGCCGAGAGGUAUUUGGACGCCUUGAAUAUUCUGCAAUCCGGUGCUUGCGUGCAAUUAGAAAAUGGGCAGGUUACAUGUGGGGCUGAGCUUGCCAUCUUGUUUGUAGAAGCACUUGUUAAAGGAAAAUUUCCUUAUGAUGAUGAUACUGUUGAUCGUAUCUCGAAAAUCUACAAAAAAUUCCCUCGCAUACCAGUACCACAACAUUUGGACCUGGCUGAUGAUGAUGACAUGCAACAACUCCAAGAAGCUCUUGGAGCUGCAAAAAUGCGUGUAGAGGGUUGCUUAUCUUUUUUGAAGGCUUCUAUUAAGUGGUCUAUUGAAUUUGGAGCACAUAGGAAUGGAUCUCCCGAACUCCAUGAUAUGCUUGCUGGUUAUAUAUAUUCAGAGUCUCCUGAGGUGGAUAUGACCAGAGUGUCAUAUCAUUUUGUUCGAGGGAAGAAUCCGAAGAAAUUUGCUUCAACUCUAGUGAGUUUCAUGGGCAAGUGUUACCCAGGUGAAGAUGAUUUGGCCAUCGCACGGGCAGUUUUGAUGUACUUAUCUCUAGGCAAUCUAAGAGAUGCUAAUAUCCUUAUUGAUGAAGUGAAGAAGCAAGUUCAAUGUGAAGAAAUUGAUUUUCCUCGAACAGAACUGAUGCAGCUGAUUAAUUAUUUGCUACUGACGUUGCAGAGAGAUGCUUUGCCUCUUUUUAAUAUAUUGAGACAGAGAUACAGGUCCAGUAUAGACACAGAACCUGUAUUUAAUGAGUUUCUAGAUGAAAUUGCUGAAAAGUUUUAUGGAGUCCAGCGUAGAAAUCCCAUGCAAGGAAUGUUUGGUGACAUUUUCAAGAUGAUGGCAGGAUAA